AAUGUGUUUACAGUAAUAACAGGGAGAAAGCUGCACAAUGCACCGACUGACUUUGAAUUCUGCAUAAAACCUAACAAAGUAAGGAAUGAAGUGAAAGAACUGAGGAUGUUGUGUGCAGAGGACGAGCAGAGCAGAACAUGCUGGAUGACUGCCUUCAGACUCUUCAAGUAUGGAAUUUUACUCUAUCAAAAUUACAAGAUCCCCCAGCAGCGAAAAACAUUGCUUUCACACUUCUCAGCGCCUGUGAGGAGUGUCUCAGAGAACUCUCUGGUAGCCAUGGAUUUCUCAGGGAGGAUAGGCCGAGUGAUUGACAAUCCUGUGGAGGCUCAGAGUGCUGCCAUGGAGGAGGGACAUGCCUGGAGAAAGAGAAGUCAGCGUAUGAAUAUACUAGGAAGCCCCAGCCCAUUACACCCCUCAUCAUUAAGCGGAGUUAUCCACAGAACUCAGCUGUGGUUUCACAGUCGUAUUUCACGGGAGGAGUCCCACAAGAUGAUCCAUCAGCAGGGCAGAGUGGAUGGAAUGUUUCUCUUGAGGGAUAGCCAGAGCAAUCCUAAGGCAUUUGUACUUACAAUGUGUCAUCACCAGAAAAUCAAACAUUUCCAGAUUUUACCGUGUGAAGAAGACGGUCAAAUGUUCUUGAGCCUCGACGACGCCGCCACCAAAUUCACAGACCUGAUCCAGUUGGUGGAGUUUUACAUGCUGAACAGAGGAGUUCUGCCUUGCAAACUUAAACACCCCUGCACCACUGUGGCCUUAUGACCUCCAUUUGCCUGAUUCCGCCUAAAUACAAACACUCAGACGUCGUGUGCUGUGGUGAAAUGCUGUGCUGCUGGGCUGGAGAAAAGCACACUGCGAGAGCAACUCUCUAUCAAGGAGAGAGGAAAUCAAAAGAACAAACACAAACAGGACCAGCAAGAAAUAAAGGAAAUAAAGCUUGUGUGUUAGCUGCUGAUGAACCUCUCAGCCACCUGCACACUCGACCGUGGCCAGAGCAGGUUCUCAGGACAAUCAUCCAGAGGGAGUCUUCAGGAUCCACGGUCUUAAUCGUGCAGAUAAUGUUUUGGGAAGACCAGCAGAACACUCGAAAAAUCACAUUUGAUUUCAUUUUGCAUUCAUAAACCAGGAACAACCAAGCUAUGGCAAUUGUUGCUUUCAUAAAUCAAGCAGAUUUGAUUCUAGAAUGUCCUAUGAGAUGCGGACACCCGAUUGGUGGUUUCAGUACUGUGAAAAGACAUUGCCGUUAAAUUCGUGCUUUCUAUCGUUUUCACCGGUAAUCACUAGAAUAUUUAGACACUUGUUUUCUUUUUAUGUGCUCAUUGUGUUGAGCAAAGAACUCUCAUGCAUAGUGCAUUUGGCCUCGUUUAUCGUGUUAAACACUUGUGUAGUUUUUCCCCUUCACAAAACAUAACCUGCAGCACUCUCUACUGGCCAUAUCAAGAAUUAACGUGUCCCUUCACUCCUUCAAGGAAUAUAUAUUUUUUUUUUUUUUUGGA